UUUGAAGCUUUUAUCUCGCUCACCUGGCUGAUGGUUCACUCGGACUGUGGACGAAGAUGAGCUCCAGAGAUGCCUGCAGGCGAAGAAACCAGCUGGAUUUCAACGACAGGCCCAAGCCACUCAUUGAGAGCAGCACUCACUGCAUGUGGGACGCACGCCUCUAGAAAGCGACAACUCGCAAAGCUUGCUUUCAACGCCUACACAUUCAAGCAAGGACUCAGCACCUGAACGCUGAAAACAUUGCUCGUAUGGCACUCUUCGUUAUCAAAGCACGCGUCGAUCUACCCAAUGCCUAUGCCUCGGCAAACCAAGAUCGAGCUGCAUGCCGAAGCCACGUAUUGAUUCCGAACACCGCUUAGUGCAGACGAUCAUACCCCGAACAUCGUUCCACCCAGAGCACACCGCAAGCCCUGCGACUCGGGGCUCUCAAAGUCCCAAGGAAAGACGAGAUAGAGGCUCAAACCGCUGGUGCUCCGGGUCCGGAUACCCUCAAUUUUUUGUUCCAUCUACACAGCAUCAAGAAGUCAACGACGCGUUCGUCUUUGAAGCGCCGGCGGCACCGAAAGGUAGCCUUCUGGCAAGGCCCGGGGAUUUUGUCGACCCUGCUCGCCCCCCUAGUCCCUCACUUUCCUCCAAGGAAAAGGGACUUGGGAUCAGUCUCGAAGAGGUGGCAAAAGACGUGCGUCGAGAUCAACAUCAGAAGGAGAAGCGAGGCGUUCCGCGCGGCAGAGGCAUCGGAAAGGGUUGGUUCUGCGAGGACGGAAGGUGGUUCGAUCAGGCGACGAAGCGACCUUUAAGCCCAGACGACGUCGACAGCAUACACGCUUGCGAGAUCCAACCUGUCGCGGAGAGCAGUGGGAGUCGUCUCAGCGCCGGCUUUCACUUGCCGAUUAGAGCAUCGACAAAGGCUCUACCAUCAGACGCAAGAACCAAGACUGCUCUGCAAGUGAUCAGCAUACAGGGCGAAUCGGAUGAAGCCUCACCUUCCGGUCGCUUCAGGAACCGGCUUAGCGUCUCAGUUCUACAAGACCUGAAGCCCGAAUAUGAUGAGGAAGACUUAGACGACGAGCCUCGAGUUGUUGAACCUCCUAUUCGACAUUCAGCCGAUCACAGCGAGCAUCCCGACAGCACCGGACCUUUGAGAUCAGCAAGGCUCACAGAUCGGUCUCUGGGUAGGGAAGAGCCGGCACAGGGCAAACAAGACGUAUCUUCAACUCCGGACACAAACGAAGCUUCCAUGUCAGGGGUUCCCAUACGAAUCCCACAACGCACAGAUCGACAUUCCUUGCACCUCGGAUCCGGUACUACUAACUCUGGUCGAUCAAUAUCGAACCUUCCGCCGAAGCCUGAGACUAUGUCGAGUGGUCGCCCAAGCCAGUCCUUUACCGCGUCGCCUUUCGCGCUCGGUGCCCGCAAUGCUGGUCAAAACCCUCAGGUCGCCAACAACUCACGAGGCAAGCGCCUCGGCACUCAGUCGUAUAGCAGAGUGCAUGUCUCGGUAUCGCAAGCACAGGAUUCUCGCCGCUUGCAGCUUGCACAUGACCAUCCGAUGCAGCGUCAGCCUACCUGUCGCAAUGCCAACGAACUGCAGGCGCAACACACUCGUUCCCUGCCGGAUAGUAAGUCAGGUCCGUACUCAUACGCCAACGAGAUACCAACAAGGCUCAAGAGCAACGCACAAGGCGAGGGCACGAAGGUGGCCAAGAUGAAGUCUCGGGACCCAGCGCCUCGGGACCUGGACCCUUCUUCUCGGGAUCUGCCUUCUAACCCUUUCGCCAUUCGCCCUGUUGAUCGUCGAGAGUCACAAAAACAGCAGGAACCAAUCUCAAUCGGAGACUCCGACGAUGAGCUUGGCAGUACGCAACCAUCGAAAGAGCAGGUACUUAAUGGCCCCUGCGAGUCGGCAGGCCCAUCCAAGGACAUGGAAGCUCCGUAUGCGGUACAGAAAGAGACAAGCGGCGUCAUGGACACGCUUCAUGCCCUAGGCAAGCAACACCUCCGAUUGUCUACAAAUAACGAGCAGCAGGACUGUGUGGUUAAGAGUGACAGCUCUCUCUCCGAGCUUCCCAAUAGCUCCAAUGGAAGCGAAGAUGAGCGGUCACCUCAACGCCAAUCCCGCACGGUGACUCAAUCAAAGCGAAAGCGGACUAUUCCUAUGUCACCUGCAAGCGAGCAUGAGAUUGCGAGAAAGAAGUCUAAGGCCGAGGCGAGAGUCGAGCACUCUUGGGAUGAGGCCAUGUCCGAUUCGUCGCAGUUAAUCACAGGCAAAGCUCCUAGGAAGGCCAAGGCAGGUGCUUCGAAAGAUGAGAGCAUCCAGAUCGCCGACUCGGAAGAUGAGCAGGGAGGCCACUUUGAAGCCGAUGAAAUGUUGGCGAGGGAGCAGCAGCUACAGGAAGGCGAGUCACGGCCUGACAACAGGGGUAGGCGUACGCGUGGCGGCGCCAAGACCUUUAAUCUGACCAAAGGUGACGAGGACGACUCGCACUUCGAUCCGCGCUUAAAAGCCAAGGCGAAUCGCACUACCAGUAUUGCAGGUACUCGCGGCAGCAAGUACGAUCCGAAACACGAUCCCACGCAGACAAGUAUUCUGGGCUCUCUCAUGCAACAGAGUAAGCUCGGACGUGAUAAGGAGUCGACUUUGGGCGGCUCGAGCGGCGUCAAAUCUAGCGGCGGCAUGUCGGCGUACGACUUCAACGUCACUGGCUUCGUGAUUGGCGAUAUUCGAGCAAUAUCAUCGUCCGGUCUGAGGAUGUCUUGUCUGCCAGACAGCCUUCUCUUCGGCCACGGAAAUGACAUGCCCAAAUUCUGGCGCUUGCCAUUGAAAUCCAUCCUCUCAGGAUCGGUGUCGUCACCCAAGAACCCCGGGAUCAAAGGCAUGAGCCUUGAGUUUCUGAACAACAAGGAAGCUGGCUGGAAGUUAUCCGAACACAUGGAGCGCCCACCUUGUGACUCACGAAGUGCAUUUCCUUCAAAUCCAUAUUCUGUUGAACGAUGGGCGGAAUGACGGCUACAAGGAGACUGUCGACCGCAUCACGAGACACGCGAAGGAAACGGUGGCGGUAUCCGGGCCCGGGUUUAUCGAUAUUGUCAAGUCCAACUUGGAGCUCGUCGAGAUCACUUCAGAGUUCACACUGCGCAUGCAACCCUCGACCUCCACCUUGGACGUUUCAGUGCAAAAGUUCUACGCCAACUCGGGGGCAAAGAACAGC